AUGGGCUUGUCCCAUUUGCCGAUACUGGCGCGAGAUCUCUCCUCGACUGAAUCUACAUUUACAAGUUGGGAUAAGUGUAUGGCCAAGUCUUACUGCAAAUGGCCCGUCAUCGUCGCGAUUAUCGUUGUCUCUGUUAUUGUCAUCGCUGUUCUCGCUUGUGUCAUCAACUGUAUCUGCUGUGGUUACCGUAUCUGUAGCUGUUGUUGCAGCUGCUGUUGUCCCUCCGGCCGUCGCAAAAACAAGGGACCCAAGCACUACGACGAACCUCCUUUUUACAACCAGCCCGCUCCGGCCCCAUCAUACAAUCAGCAACCACCAGCACCAGCACCGCCUUUGUACCGCGGAGCUGUGACUACGGCUACCUUCGAUUCGAGCAAGUCGCCUUCAUCAAAGGUUAACGAAGAUGCGCUCCCUGAGAUGCCAACAUGGGCUAGCGCUGUGGACAAGCAUGUCGAGGAUCCCAACGCACACGAGGAGGUUGAAAUGGAGCCAUUGAACCCUGACCGGAAGCAUGGCGCUGGUACGCCAAUGCACGGUAAUGCCUUCGCUGAUUUCCCACCUGAUCGAACCGGCACAGCCACACCUGGUGGAUACAGAGGAUUUACUCCCACCGAUCCCUACUCUCGCCGAUCGCCCGCCCCUGCCGCUACUCUCGCUGCGACACAAGAUCCGUAUGGUCGUCGCUCGCCAGGUCUUCCUUCCCCUGUUGCCCCUGCAGCAGCUGUGGAUCCUUACGCUCGUCGCUCCCCAGCCCCCGCCGCUGCACUGGAUCCAUACGGUCGUCGCUCCCCCGGCCCCGCAGCAGCAUACGGUGCAGCCCAAGACCCAUAUGGACGUCGCUCCCCUGGUCCCAAUGCUGGUUACUCUGCUCCCCAAGAUCCUUACGGCCCUCGUUCCCCUGGACUUGCUUCGCCCAUGGGUGCUGCCAUGAGUACCGCUGUAAGCCCAUACGACCACCAGCCAUAUGACCAGCACCAGGGCUACGACCAACAUCAACACCAGGCCUAUGACCACGCCUCACCCUACGAGGACUACAGCCCAGGCGGUGCAAACCCAAUGGUAAACACAGCCGCCGGUUACUCAUCUCACGCCCUCACAUCUCCCUCUCCUGUGGGCUACAAGCCUCAGCAGUCAAACUACACCUCUUUCUCUCCAACAGAGACCGGGCACCAAAACGUUGGCUUCACUCGUCAACCAUCCGUCGGAUCAACCUACCCGCCCUCAUACACUUCCCAGCCACCUUACCGUGGUGUCUCGCCCGCUCAUCCCGCGUCACCACCACCUUCUUUCCCGGCUCCUUCGCCCCAUGACUUUAUGAACCAUGAGUACAGUGCACAUGAUGCACCAGUUGGCCAGGCGAUGUCUUCUCCCAUCGGCCAAGCGGUUGGUUCGCCCGAGCCAAGUCGGAACCGUCCCCCAACUCUAUUACAGAGUGGGCGAGGUCCCGCAAUGAACUUUUAG